AUGAAGUUUUCUACCCUUGCUAACUUGGCCAUUGCCUUGUUGUCCUUCAAUGAAAUAACUGAAGCCAAGGUCCAUAGUGCUAAGCUCCACAAAAAACCUGUCGACGACUCGUUCAAGGGUGUCAGUUAUGAAUCUCAUCUUAGAGCUGUCCAAGAAAAAUACAUCAAACAGUUCCAAAAGGCUUACCCAGAAACUAUCACAGUCUUCCAAUCCCAAAUCCCAUUUGUUGACUUAGCUGCAAGUGCUUCUGGUCAUGAUGCUCCAUUGACCAACUAUAUGAAUGCGCAAUAUUUUACAACAAUUAGUUUGGGUGCUCCUGCUCAAGAAUUCAAGGUAAUUUUGGACACUGGUUCCUCUAAUUUGUGGGUCCCAAGCUCCGAAUGUGGGUCCUUAGCUUGCUUCUUGCACACUAAAUACGACCACGAUGCUUCUUCCACUUAUAAGAGCAAUGGCUCAUCUUUUGAGAUCCGUUAUGGUUCUGGUUCUUUGGAAGGAUAUGUGUCACAAGACACUUUGAGUAUUGGUGAUUUGAUCAUUCCAAAACAGGACUUUGCCGAAGCUACCAAUGAACCGGGUUUGGCCUUUGCUUUUGGUAAAUUCGAUGGUAUUUUGGGUCUAGGUUAUAACACUAUCUCUGUUAAUGGAAUUGUUCCACCAAUUUACAAGGCCAUUGAUGCUGGUUUACUUGAUGAACCACAAUUCGCCUUCUAUUUGGGAGACACCAGCAAGUCUGAAGAUGGAGGUGUUGCCACUUUUGGUGGUUAUGACAAAACCAAAUUCACUGGUGAUAUCACUUGGUUGCCAGUGAUAAGAAAGGCCUAUUGGGAAGUUUCCUUUGAAGGUAUUGGUUUGGGAAAUGAAUGGGCCGUCUUGGAAAAGACUGGUGCUAUCAUUGAUACUGGUACUUCUUUGAUCACUUUGCCAUCUAACUUGGCGGAAAUCAUCAACGCUGAAAUCGGGGCUACGAAGACUUGGUCCGGCCAAUAUUCUGUUGAGUGUGAUACUAGAGCUGAUUUGCCAGACAUGACCUUUAACUUCGGUGGUCACAAUUUCACUUUGACUCCAUAUGACUACACUAUGGAAGUCAGCGGCUCUUGUAUUUCUGCUAUUACUCCAAUGGACUUCCCAGAUACCAUUGGUCCAUUGGCCGUUAUUGGUGACUCUUUCUUGCGUCGUUACUAUUCUAUCUAUGACAUUGGUAAGGAUGCUGUUGGUUUGGCUACUGCUAUCUAA